CUCACUAGAUGCCAAUGAUCUUUCCCCAGAAGACUUCCCAAGUACAAUCACUUAUUUUUAAAUAUUUUCUCAGAAUGAAACAUCUUGCGUAUUCAUCACUAUGAGCUUCAACCUUACCUCCUGAGAGCAGUGGCCCUUGCAUGUGACAUGUGUGAUGCUCAAGUUGUGGCCUUUACUAUGACUCUGCUUGCUCUCUGCCAUGAUGAAACUCCACUGACGCCCAGUGGCAUAUGAAGACAAGCUUUGUUCUCUGUUUACCUCCAGAAAUUGAGAGAUUUUGAUCUCUAGGCUAAACUGGCACUUCAUUGUUACAGACCUUCAUGCUGGCUGCUGGUCUCUGCAGUGAGUCAGGGAAGCACAGAGAAAGGCUCUUCACCAGUUCCCCAAUGAUGGUGGGCCAGUGCGAACCUCAUGAACUUCAACAAGGCCAAGUCAAGCCUGUUUGUGCCCCUACACUGGGUCUGGGCAACGCCAAGCAUGAAUACAGGCUGGGUGGGGAAUGGAUGGAGAGCAGCCUGAGGAGAAGGACUUUGGAGUGCUGAUUGAUGAAAAGCUCAACACAACCCAGCCAUGUGCACGUGAGCCCAGAACCCCCUGGUGUACAUCCAGCAGCAGGUCGAGGGAGGGGAUUCUCCCACUCUGCCGCACUCUACGGAGGCCCCCACUGCAGUCUUAAUCCAGCUCUGGGGCAACAACACAAGAGAGUAUUAUAAGCCUUUUGUUUCUGGAGACAAACAGCACAGGGAAUUAGAAGAGACUUCUGAGAAGACAUGGACAGCUUACAGCUGCAGCAGGCAUCCAGCAGCCGGAGUCUCCUCAAGCUCACUGUUAUGGAGGUGAAGUGGAUUCAUAUGUUGGUCAUCUUCUUCUUCCUGUUGUCUGUUGCAAUGACUGGCUGCUUUCUGUGGCAGUACAGCCUCCCCAAGGUGGAGCCCAGACCAUCUGUGAUGGAAGUGAGAUCAGAAGCUGUGCAAAUGUGCCCCCGCUAUCCUGAACCAGUACCACUGGACCACCCAAUCCCCAUUCUGAAGGAUGCAUUGGAGAAGGUAGAUACAAUGCUGCGCCAAAAGAUUCGUAGCUCUGGUCUCCCUGCCAUGUCUGCCAUUGUUGUCUACAAUGACACUGUGCUUUGGACAGGCAACUUCGGGAAGAAGAAUGGUUCAGACCCCUCCUCAGUGGUGCCCAAUGAAUACACUAUUUACAGAAUUGCCAGCAUCUCCAAGAUCUUUCCCACCAUUAUGUUGUACAAGAUGUGGGAGGAAGGAAAAGUCAUGUCUCUUGAUGAUCCAUUGGAACGUUAUGCCCAGAACUUUGUUAUUAAGAACCCUCUGGGAAGGCUCAAGGAACCAGAACAGAGAUACACAGCAGAUGGGCUGAUUUUUUUGGAAAAAGGCUCAAUGCCACUUAAGCCAUCACCUGUUACCUUGCGCAGAAUGGCCAGCCAGCUCUCAGGUCUGCCCAGGAGGCUGCGAUCUACCAGCCUGCUGUGGAAGGGCAAUACACAAGAUGCUCUAGCUCUCCUGAAAGAUGAUGUCUUGGUUGUUGAUCCAGGAACGAGAUGCCAUUACAGUAAUUUGGCCUUCUCACUGAUGGCGCAUGUGCUAGCCGACCAUACAGCUGAGGGGCAAUACCAGCGCUGGAUCUCAGAGAACAUCCUGGACCGCUUGGGCAUGGAGGACACUGGCUUUGACAUCACGCCACCGAUCCAAUCCCAGAUGGCUGUGGGUUUCUACGGUAGCCGGCAGCCAGCCCCUCUCUAUGACCUUGGCUGGUACAGACCUUCUGGCCAGAUGUACUCCACAGCUGCUGACCUUGCCAAGCUGGCAAUGGUCUUCUUAGGUACCUAUCACCGUCGUCUCCUGGCACCUGAUACAGUGAAGACAAUGCUCACCCCUUUGUUUAAGUGCUCCACUGAAUACUUUGCUAACAAGACUGGCACACCCUGGGAGAUUAAUGAGCAAUUGGGAUAUGAUGUCAUUAGGAAGGAUGGAGACCUCGAUGGUUAUUCAGCAACCUUCUCUCUUAUCCCCAAGCUCCGCCUGAGCUUCAUUGUGCUGAUGGCAGGGCCCAGGCCUCAAGGUGGAGAUGUUGUGACUCAGACGUAUGAUUAUCUUAUUCCUGCCAUGGAGACGGCAUUCAGAGAGGCAGAGAAAAGCUUGAUUCCUCCUCCAAGUCCAGGCCCUUAUGUUGGCUACUAUACCUAUUCCAACCUGACUUUCUAUGAGAUCAAAGUUGGACCUGGUGGGGUGCUGAUCAUGCAGCAGUUUGGGCCUCACGUGGAAGAGCUGAUUCCUGAAAAGUACCGGACAAUCAAGCUCCACCACCUUGAAGAUCGUGUUUUCCAAGUAGUUUUUGACAAGGAGUUCCCAUGUGUUCUGCACCUGGGCUCUGCCUCCAUCUCACUGGAGACCCAAAAUGGGCAGCUAUUUAACUUUUAUCCAUUUGAUCGCAAAGGGCUCUUCAGCAGGCCAUCUAACAUGAAGACGAUUCCUCACCUGGUUUAGCCAAAAGCAUCAUGUGCUAGAAAAUGGCACCAGCCUACCAGCCCACCAGCCCUGCUUGUGAUACCUGGGAAGUGAGGGUCCAUUUCUUUCCUAGAUCACAUGAACACCAUGAAAAGAGCAGACAGCAAUGUGGUUAUGUCUUAUCUCCAUGGAUUUCUGCAAAAGCAGUGGUCACACAAAGGAUGUUGAAGCACUUCAGUAUUAAAGCUGAAGCUUACUCCUGUGAGCGGGCACAUAUGAACAUAUGCUAAUAUAUUCCAGUUGGACUCAAGUUUGUGUCUAUGUCAGUAUGUAGGAGAUAGUGUGAGUGUGGCAUUUAAGUACAGGGAUGCAUGGGAAUGUGUGCUUUGGGUAGGGUGCCUGUAGGCAUACAUACCCAUGAGGGAGCAUGCUAGCGGUAAAGUGCAUUAGCCGGCAGAACUCUGUCUUUAGGACAGGUGUACCAGCAAGCAACCUGCAAAGCCACAGGUGCAUUUUCUUCUCCCUGCUUGUGCCCACUCAAUGCCAACACCAUAUCACUGUGAUGGGAACAGUGUCAGGCAUGAGUGCAAGACAGAGCAAGUAUCACUGACUAAGAAGUCUUGGCUCCUGCAAUGCCCAUUCAAGUUUAGGAGAAUAUUGUGAUUGCAGCCCUAACUAGACCCUGAAAUAAAAGCAAGCAGAGCAUCAGGGCAAGAUAACUCUUACCUUCAAAUGAAUAGCCAUCUGCAGAAUAUGGCAAUGGCUGUACAGUCUGGAAAUCCUGAAGGAAGUGCAAAAGGGUAGGCAUACUAGCACAAAGACCCUUUAAAAUACAUGUUCUCAUAUACCAUAACUGAGUUUAGGUUCUCUUGCAGAGUAACUUCCUUCUACUGCACAUUUACCCAGUGUCUGGAAAGUGGACGUGUCUCAGAGAGGAUUAGAAAAUUACUCUCCCUGCCUCCCUUCUCUCGUCUUUCACUCUUUUCACUCUGUGUGCCGUUCUUCAGCUUCAGUUUUGAGUAGAGAGACCAUCACUGAAGGCCUAGAAAUCUAUGAUUUGCAAACACGGUUCCCUGCCUUUUUUCAGACAGUUUCUGUUCCCUGAUAAAGAUACAGAAUAAUGUAAACCUUGCCUUACAGGUGGUCAUAGUUGCUGCUUUAUUGGUUUCCUCUGGACUUUGUAGGUAAUUACAUUUUAUAUGUAAUAUGAACCUCAUAUGCUCAAGUAUUUAAUCUGGGCUAUAGAAACAGCAAUAAAAUCUAUGCAAAUUUCUUCUGCUGUCAGGUAUGAUCAUGCCCAGAGGUAUGUGUGCAGGCAGAUAUGUUGCACUAUGGUUGAUUUCCUGUAGAGCUGCCUAUACUCUCCAUGGCAUGCCUGACACAACAUUGCUUUCCAGGCUUUGAACUCACAAGAUGUAAUAUCUGAUCGCAAGAUAUUCAAGCAGUCUAA